CGGCAGCAACCCGCCCAGCUGCAGCUGGAGCCUCAGCCCUAAGUCGCCGCUGUGGGGACCAGACCCGCCCCGCACUGCCCUGCUCCGUGAACCCGCUGCGCCUUCUGCCGCCCACCGCCAGGUCCAGGGCUUCCGCGGCGCUGCCAGGGAGGGAGCCGCUUGUCCUCACCCGGAGUCCCAGAUGGCUUCAGUGACUGAUGGGAAAGCCGGCGUCAAAGAUGCUUCUGACCAGAAUUUUGACUAUAUGUUCAAACUGCUCAUCAUCGGCAACAGCAGUGUUGGCAAAACUUCCUUCCUCUUCCGCUAUGCCGAUGACACCUUCACCCCAGCCUUCGUCAGCACCGUGGGCAUCGACUUUAAGGUGAAGACUGUCUAUCGCCAAGAGAAGCGUGUGAAGCUUCAGAUUUGGGACACGGCUGGGCAGGAGCGGUACCGGACCAUCACCACAGCCUAUUACCGUGGCGCCAUGGGCUUCAUUCUGAUGUACGACAUCACCAAUGAGGAAUCCUUCAAUGCCGUCCAAGACUGGGCUACUCAGAUCAAGACCUACUCCUGGGACAACGCGCAGGUCAUCCUGGUGGGGAACAAGUGUGACAUGGAGGAAGAGAGGGUUGUUCCUACUGAGAAGGGCCAGCUCCUCGCAGAGCAGCUUGGGUUUGACUUCUUUGAAGCCAGCGCCAAGGAGAACAUCAGCGUGAGGCAGGCCUUCGAGCGCCUGGUGGAUGCCAUUUGCGACAAGAUGUCUGAUACUCUGGACACGGACCCCUCCGUGCUGGGCACCUCCAAGAACACCCGUCUCUCGGACACCCCGCCACUGCUGCAGCAGAACUGCUCGUGCUAGGCAAGGCCCACCUCCUGAUCUCCCUUCAUUGCGGCCCCACACCCACUCUGCUUCCCCAUUACAUCCGCAGCUGAGCUGCUGCUGUUCUUUGCCUGCAGUGGAGAAGAAGGCUGCCCCCGGGUUCUCUACACAUGGCCCCACUUACAGACACUCAGCACCGGAGGAACUAGGUCCCAAGGUGGGUGGAGAUUCCCUUUACAAAAGGAGACUCCACUUGACAAAGGGGAUUCACUAGAGGGACUUGGAAAAGCCAGUCUCUUUUCUGCCUUUAACGUAAGAUCUCCUCCAUUGACCAAAAUUUGACACACCCGCACACACUUUUUAUUUAGGGCCUGGCCAACUGUGUCAAGUUAGACAUACCUGCUUAGCUAAUCUCUUCACAGAAAACCCCUCCGCACACAACAUGCUUGUGUCCUCUCAGGCUCCCUGUGGGGCUUCCUCUCACCACAGUCAAGCUUUGUUUCUCAAAGGCCUCACCUGUUACCACGGAUGCCCACAAGGCCUGGACAGUUGCUGUGGCGACAGGCUAGCGCUAAUCUCCAGAGAGCUCAGACUUUCUAAAUGAUGCUGAAGGAGCAAAGGCUGAGUCAGAAACACACUUAAAAGAAAAAGAGUAUCCCCUGCAAAAUGUCAAAGGUUCCUGCUGUAUGAAAGAGCAAUCGAGUGAGCUCAAGACAGGAAAAAAAACAGAAAUCCAGGCAAGAUAAAGAAAAAGUCACAGAUUUGUAAUUUUGCUGCUCUCGAGUGGGUUCUUAACUGUGGGAACUCCAUGACAUUGGUUAUGGGUUCUUAGACUCUCAGAAUCUGAAAAUUUACAAUUGGUGGGAUCCCAAAGUUUACCAAGUCUCACUAGUGAAUUGAGAUCUUAAUAUCUCUGACAAGUGGCUGUCAAACCUCACAGCCAAAUCUAUUUAUUUCUUCUAAAAUAUACCUUCUAGGCAGGGCUGGGAGCUCAUUUUCCACACCAUCUUUGGGCAGCUCUCAUCAUCAGAAAGUUUUCCUUGCUUUAAGCUGAAUUCUCCCUCCUGGAAAUUCUUCUUCCUUUUCCCACCCCAUUUGUGCCAGCUCUGCUGUCAGAGAGGUCCCAGUCUCUGCUCUCUCUGCCCUGUGGCAGCCUUAGAUGACUUGAACUCAUGAAAUCUGGGCUCUUCCCUUCUCUAAGUCAAAUAGUUCUAAUCUCCAUCUUCGCCUCAGUCUCCCUUUCCACCAACCCAGCUCUCAAUCAGUCCUGAAUAACCCAACUGGGAAGUAAUGAUUCAAAGCAGGAUAAAUUUAAGGCGGCAUGACCCCAAAAAAAUUGUGAAAAGUGAACUCAGAGAUCCCAAUCCCAACCUUAUUCUCCUGAGAGAGAAACCUGAGUUUCUACCAAAGUGCAGAUGUGAAACCACUUCUGGUGGAAGCCACUUAAUUAAACACUCAAAGAAACAAAACCCAAAGAAACCCUUUAACACCAGAAACAAUCUGAAUGCAUGAGCUCAUGAUUCUAGCUUGUUUGGACAUAGGGACGUAUUUGUUUUUUAACUGAAAUAAUGACAUGGACCUAGCAAUGAUUCCUGAAAAUCUUUUCUCCCAGCCCUGGCCUGAAUCCCUGCUGCCCCCUGCACUAACAUGCCACUCUAGAAAUCAGUGGGGAAGUAGGGAGACUCUCUCCCAAGUUUUCUCCUUAUUUCAAAUGCAGCCCAUUGUCCUAGGAAAGAGUAUUGACUAGCAACAGGUCCCACAACUACAUAAAAGGACCCUUUAGAGUCAGUUCUGUGGAGUGCAGAGGACAAGAGCUUUGGGCUUGGAAUCAGGAAACUCACUCUUCCCUUAAAUCAAGUGUGACUCUGGACCGGUUACUCUCUAUCAUUGAGUCUUGAGUCACUGCUUAUAAAUGAAGGGGACUCUUUGGUUAAUCUGUUAGGUCCCUUCUGGCACUAAUAACUCUGAGACUUUUUCUUCACCUUCAUCAUUUCAGUUGAUCUGCCAAAUAAACCCCAAAGAUGAGGAUUAUCACCCCAAUAUCAUUGUAGCUAACACUGAUGUCAUGCUUACUCAAUACUAGUCACUGUUCCAAGCACUUAACACAAGUUAACCCAUUUACCUUUCCAAAAUCUUUGUGUGGGAAGCACUAUAAUCAACCUCAUUUGAAGACAAGGAAAUAAUGAACAAAGAGGUUCUCUAGCUUGCCUAAGGCCACAUAAUGAGUAAAUGGUAGAGCUGGGAUUCGAACCCACACAGUAAGCUCCAAGGUCUGUGCUCUUCACCACCGUCUCUUCUCCAUUCCUUAGAGAUAAACUGUGAUCCAAAGAGGUUAAGGGACUUGGCCAAGGUCACAUAACCAACAAGUGUAGAGCCACAGUAGAAUUCAAUCCCCAGGCCAUCAGAUUCCAAGUCCACAGGAGAAAUGAUUUAUAUCUGCAAUCUAUUGAUAAAUUAUUUGGCUGCUCAGACUAAUCUGAGGUGAUGUAUGUCUAAUGCUUCUAGGAAGGCGUCUCUGAGGCAAUCAGGUCCUCUAGGGGCCUGAGCAAAAAACACCCAAUGCUUCUGAAGUCCAAGUGCUAGCUUUCCCUACUUUUCUAAGUAUCUGCUCUCCAGGCUCUGAAGCAGUGCUGCAAGCAGCCUCCCUGCAUCAGCAAUGGGGAAUAUCAGGGGCAUAACUUAGUAAAGUUCUCUGGCUGUGGAAGAAUGUGGUCCCCUCCCAAGACGGUCCCCUCCCCUCCCAAGGGGCAUAACUUAGUAAAGUUCUCUGGCUGUGGAAGAAUGUGGUCCCCUCCCAAGACGGUUCUGGAUGUGCUUUUUACACUGUGGAGUCCCAUAUGGGUCAAGGAUAAUUACUGUUUUUCUGGGCAGUAAUACCAUCUAUCCAAGUACUAGGAUUUCAGGCCAAGAUCCUCAUAAUCCCUCGAUAUAUUAGUACAUAUAUCCAGUAAUCUUUCCUCUCCCACUGAGUAUUCCAGCAAAAAUUGAAAUUUUUACUUAAAAAUUCUUUAACACGCAAGAACCAGUUCAGGGGAACAAGCAUCUUCACAGCAGGUGGAAUCAAGAGUUAAAUGUAAUAGUGGAAAGCUCUUCUACUGGGCAACGAACAGAACUGCUCGUUGGAUGGCAGUUCCCCAGCCCUUCUGUGUGACCUCAUUUCUGCUGAGUGGAAGGCAGCAGCUUCCAGCUGAUUGCGGUAAAUGUUCAUCAAUCAUGGUAAUAGUGCAAUUAGCUACCAGGGUUCAAGCUGCAUAAUAUGUGUUAGUGGCAACGUGUCCCAGUUUUCAUCUUGCUUAACAAUCCAAAUAAAAGAAGAUUAAAAAAAAAAAAAACCUCUUGACCUCUAAAAAGACAAAAGUAGGCCCAAAGUGCAAUACAGUAUUGUAGCUAUUUACAGACUCUGUUUUAAAUGCAUGUGUAUCUGUAAAUACAACAUGAUUCGUGACUUAUUACUGACUCCUUAGUCUGUAGCAUUAACUUCCAGGAGCAGCAAUGUGGUAGAGUCUACUGAAUGGUCGCAGAUUAAUUAAAUGUUAGAUCUGGAAGGGAGCUUAGAGGAAAUCUUGUCCAAGCUCCUUAUUGUACAAAAAGGAAGGUUGAGGUCCAGGGAGGGGGAAGAAAUUUUCUAAGAUCACCCUGAGCGUGGAUUAGUGAUGGGGACAGGAUCCGGUCUUGGAUCAGCUCUAGGAAGAAGUUCACCUAGUCUGUAUCUACUGUGGGUCUGGCAUAUAUGUGUGUGUAUAUAUAUAUAUAUAUAUAUGAAAACAAAUGAUCCCUGCCUGCAGGUACCUAUAGUCUAAUGGAGGUAAUGUUUCUGAAAUAUCAUUAUCCUAAUUUGGCAGGCACGAAAACAUAGCCUUGAAAACGUUAACAUGCCUAAGUCACUCAGUAUCAUUUGAACCCACCUCUGUCUGACUCCUGUUCUUUCACUUUUCUUCUUCAGAUUGUGUAUUUGGGGUGUUGAUAGUGACAGACUUUCAAGGAUUGUCCAAAUUAAUUAAACAGCCUCACUUGGGA